UGCCAUCCCUAAUAGAACAUAACGUAAAAGAAAACAUCAAACGUUUUGUUUUGUUUACAUUCUAAAAAUACAAAUUCUUCUUGUUUUCUUCUCACCGUGAGUUUAUUUUUAAUUGUUAGCACUUAAACGCUAAGAGAAACAUAAAGCGCACACGAAACGAAGACGCCAGGCAGCCAUCCACGGCAGGAGAAUAUUUGCACCGCACCUGAUACGUUCACUAGAAUCGUUGAACAUCAGCAAUUACCCGGCCAAGGAUUACAAGAAGGAUGUAAUGAAAAUGAAACCAAAUAAGGCCAUUAAGCGAGGCGAUCGUAUACUCACGGAAAAGCCAUUUGCCUAUGUGCUGAAAUCACAAUUUCGCAAGGAAAGAUGUGACAAUUGUUUGAGCAGCACCAAGGUUAUGAAAUGCUCAAAUUGCCAUUACGUAUACUAUUGCAAUCGUGCCUGCCAAAUGGAGGCAUGGCCAUUGCACAAAAUCGAAUGUCCAUUCCUAAAACGCAUUUAUCCACGUACCGUACCAGAUGCUGCCCGCAUACUGUGCCGUAUAAUUAUUAAACUGAACAAUGGCGGUGAUAUGGAAAAGGGUUAUUACACAGAGACUUGUUUUAGAAAGUUCCGUGAUCUAAUGUCUCAUUAUCAAGAAAUUAAACAUGAUCCUCGUCGUUUGGAACAUUUAGAAAGUUUGCAUGCUAUACUCAGUGAAAUGAUGCAGGACAGUGCCAUUGUGCCCAACGAAGCUGAACUGUUGACAAUUUACGGCCGGUUAAUUACAAAUGGAUUCAAUAUACUCGAUGCUGAAAUGAAUUCAAUUGCAACGGCCAUUUUUUUGGGUGUUUCCGUCACCGAUCACAGCUGCAAACCGAAUGCGGUGGCCACAUUUGAAGGAACUACACUGCAUAUACAGGCCAUAGAGGAUAUUGAGUGUCUGGAUUGGUCAAAGAUUUUCAUUAGCUACAUUGAUUUACUCAACACCCCCGAGCAAAGGCGCAAAGAUUUAAAAGACAAUUACUAUUUCCUGUGUAUCUGUAGUAAAUGUAUUGAUAGCCAAGAGUCAUUAGAAAUGGAAUCAGCUUGCUGUCCCAAUCGAAAAUGCAAAGCCUGUGUUGAUGUGAAACUAACAAACUGUUCAGCUUGUGGCACUGGCAUAAGUCCAAGGCACAGAAAUGGUUUUAAUGAAGUCAUGGAAUUGACUAAACUUCAGUUGGGCAGCAUGAAAGAAGUUGCAUAUUUGGAUGUAUGCAAAGUAUUGCUAAACAAACAGGAGGAAUUUAUGCACCCCCUAAAUGUUUGGUACAUCAAAACUCUGGAUGCUGCCUUUGAAGCUGCCAUAGAUGUUGGAAAGUGGCCAGAAGCCAUGAAUUACGGCAAAAAAUUAUUGCCAGGAUUCCGCAAAUACCAUGGUGACUGGAAUCCCCUGUUGGGUCUUCUGUACUUGAAAUUAGCCAAAAUACAACAUCAUGAAUCAUAUCUCAAGGAAUGCAUAGAAAAUUUCCAAGAAGCCCGCAAAAUUUUGGAAGUAACACAUGGCAGAGAUCAUUCUCUGAUACAAAAUCAACUCAAGCCUUUAUUGUUGCAAGCCAUUGCUGAAAGCACUGCUUAGAUAUAAGUUUAUGUUAAGUGUUAUAUACAAACUUAGGUUAGGUAUUUAUUUAAUAAAUUCUUUUUAGUGCCAAA